CUGUGCAGUACUGUACACAUGACACUUCGUCUAACGUGCUAUGGCAGCUGAACGCAGUUUUGAGCGGGAGGAAGUUCUAGCAGAAGGAAGGUCAAGUCGUUCGGACGCGCAAUUUGACGAGACUGUCGGUCACAUAGAGGACAUCAUUGUCAGUCAAGAGUUUGAAGACUUGCAGAAUGAGUUCAUGGAGAAACAUUAUCAUGAAUUCGAGGAUGUCGAAGAGAACAAACUUGUCUACACAACUAUUUUUAAAGAAUAUACAUCACUAGUUGAGACACGUAUAGAUAAAGAACUGCAGAGAAGAAUGCGUGACUUUCAAAUAGAUCGUUUCCUAAAGAAUCUCGAGCAGAGGAAGGAUGAAAUAGAUGAACAAAUAUGUGACAUGUUACUGACAUUCACUGACUUCUUGAGAUUCAAACAAAUGAUGUUGGACUACAAGAAGACAAAAGAGGGUUUAGUACCGGAUCUCGAAGGACUCGUCAUUACAUCUCAAUUUAAAGAAAGCAAAGAGACGUCAUCGUUAGACCCUGAUUCCUAACUUGGUAUAGCACGCCAAAUAUCGUAAUCAAAGUUAAUUAAUGUGAUAGUUAUAGUAUGAUACGAAAUACUUGCAGUGCUCGCUAUGCUGCAUCUUUGCUACCAGACAGGGUUGUGUUGACAGAGAUGAAAAUAAUGAUUGAGUAAAGAUAGUUCAAGCAUUUGCCAAUGC